CUAAUCGAAAAGUAUGAGACGACAAGUCGGCUCGACUAUCAAAAUAAAUUUUUCGACAAAGACCGUCGUCUAAAAGACCAGGCAGAUACUCGAACUCGAAACGACGAUGCCAUGCGAGCUUUAAAUUCACUGCCGAUGGGCGAAUAUUAUUCUUACGAUCAAAUUGUUGAAUGGAUGCAAAAGUUGCAGCAUUUGAAUCCAAGUUUUGUGCGACAAAUUUCAAUUGGAACCACCCAUGAAGGAAGGAAUAUCGUUGGACUUAUUGUAAGAAUUGUCUCUAUUCAUUCGAUUUUACGUUGCAAAUGCUUCAAAAAAAAAGGAACGAUCUAUCCUUGCCAAUGUGCUAACUGCAGCAUCGUUGAUAACGGUAAUAACUGUUAUUGCUAUUUGCAGCUGAUUUCUAGGUAUGGGCAAGAUCCGAAAAUUACCGAAUACGUAAACACGUUGAACAUUUACAUCUUCCCAUGCCUCAAUCCGGACGGCUAUGAGUAUACUCGAUCUGAUCCACACAAACCAGCAGUGCGAUCAUUUAUCUUUGUGAGAAUGUGGCGUAAAAACAGGUCUCCUGAAAAAUGCGUCGACAAGGAUAGUAAAACAGUGUGCUGCAAAGGUGUUGAUUUGAAUCGAAACUUUGCAUUUCGUUUCGCAGAAAUUGGUUCAAGUUCUUCACCUUGCUCUGAAAUUUAUCAUGGUAACUAUGCUUUCAGCGAGCCCGAGUCCAGAGCAAUUCGCGAUGCAGUUUUAUCGCUAGGCAAUCGAAUUGAUGCAUACAUAACGCUGCAUACUUACUCGCAAUUAUGGAUCUAUCCAUAUUCACAUAAAAAGCAUGCAUAUUCUGAGGAUGUUAAUGAUCUGAAAUCAUUAGCAAGAAAGGCUGUUGCAUCAUUGCAGCAGCUUUAUGGAACGCAUUAUCGAUACGGAACUGGACCAGAAAUUAUUUAUCCAUACGCUGGCGGAUCAUGUGACUGGGCCAAGGAAACUGCCAAAAUUAAAUACACCUAUACACUUGAAUUGAGACCAUCCUCUUUUGACUGGAAUGGUUUCAUAUUGGAUAAACGUCAACUAAUCCCAACUGGAAGGGAAACUUUUGAAGGUGUUAAAGUGGUACUCGAUAAAGUUAUCGAAAAUGAGAAACGACGAAACGGUAAAGCGAUACUAAUUGAGAGUGUAGAUAGGGGAGAGGGGGUACAGGGGCAAUCUUUCCCUCCCUCCCCACUGGAGAGUAGGAGAAGUGUGGGUAAGGAAGGAGGAAAAGAGGAGAGAAGGGAGAAGGGAUCGAAAUUCCGUGUUCUGACGUUGCAUCCGCAUGUGCGUAUUGGAUAUCAACUAAUCCAUCGAUAUGUCACACAAACGAGAUGA